GCUGGAGCCGGAGCCGGCGCCUUAGUGGUGAGUCUCUGCGCUGACCUGCUCCGGCUGGCGGCCGUCACCGCCUCGGGCGGGACCCACCUCGCCCUCCUCCCGGCGUAGCAGAUGCUCCAGCUACCAUGUCCACGCAGAGACUGCGGAAUGAAGACUACCAGGACUACAGCUCCACUGAUGCGAGCCCGGAGGAGAGCUCCUCGGAAGGUCUGAGAAACUUCUCCCCCGGCUCCUACCAGCGUUUUGGGGAAAGCAACAGCACAACAUGGUUCCAGACCUUGAUCCACCUGUUAAAGAGCAACAUUGGCACUGGACUCCUGGGGCUGCCUCUGGCAGUGAAGAACGCAGGCAUCUUGAUGGGUCCCCUCAGCCUGCUCGUGAUAGGCAUCGUGGCCGUGCACUGCAUGAGUCUCCUGGUGAAAUGUGCGCAUCACUUCUGCCUCAGACUGAACAAACCCUUUGUGGACUAUGGGGAUACUGUGAUGUAUGGACUGGAAUCCAGCCCCAGCUCCUGCCUCCGCAACCAUGCGCACUGGGGAAGGCACAUUGUGGACUUCUUCCUGAUUGUCACUCAGCUGGGAUUCUGCUGUGUCUAUUUUGUGUUUCUCGCUGACAACUUUAAACAGGUGAUAGAAGCAGCCAAUGGGACCACCAAUGACUGCCACAACAAUGAGACGGUGGUUCUCACUCCCACCAUGGACUCACGACUCUACAUGCUCUCCUUGCUGCCCUUCCUGGUGUUGCUGGUCUUCAUCAGGAACCUCCGAGUCCUGUCCAUCUUCUCCCUGUUGGCCAAUGUCACCAUGCUGGUCAGCCUGGUCAUGAUCUACCAGUUCAUUGUCCAGAGGAUCCCAAACCCCAGCCACCUUCCCUUGGUGGCACCCUGGAAGACCUACCCUCUGUUCUUUGGUACAGCCAUUUUUGCAUUUGAAGGCAUCGGGAUGGUUCUGCCCCUUGAAAACAAAAUGAAAGAUCCCCAGAAAUUCCCACUUAUCCUAUACUUGGGAAUGGCCAUCAUCACUGUCCUCUACAUCAGCCUGGGGUGUCUGGGGUACCUGCAAUUUGGAGCUGAUAUCCAAGGCAGCAUAACCCUCAACAUGCCCAACUGCUGGUUGUACCAGUCUGUUAAGCUGCUUUACUCCAUUGGGAUCUUUUUCACCUAUGCUAUCCAGUUCUACGUCCCAGCUGAGAUCAUCGUCCCCUUCUUUGUGUCCCGAGCACCUGAGCAUUGUGAGUUAGUGGUAGACCUGUUCGUGCGCACGGUGCUGGUUUGCCUGACAUGCAUCUUGGCCAUCCUCAUCCCCCGCCUGGACCUGGUCAUCUCCCUGGUGGGCUCCGUGAGCAGCAGUGCCCUGGCCCUCAUCAUCCCACCCCUCCUGGAGAUCACCACCUACUACUCGGAGGGCAUGAGCCCCCUCACCAUCGCCAAGGACGCCCUGAUCAGCAUCCUGGGCUUUGUGGGCUUUGUGGUGGGGACCUACGAAGCCCUCUAUGAGCUGAUCCAGCCAAGCCAAACUCCCAUCUUCAUCAAUUCCACCAGUGCCUUUGUUGUGUCGUGAUCUGGGUGCAUUCUCUGCACCUGCCCACCCCAACCCUGUGUGUCCCCCCAGUACUUGGCUCCAGAGCUUCAGGUAUGGUCUAAGCUCUGGGGAGAGGCAGGUUGUUGUCUGGGAACCCCACUAUCUAGCAGCUGGGUCCGCUGGGCUGGGUGGGGCUGAGGGCAGGGGAGAGGGUGGGUAGCAGACAUGACAGGUGCCACCAGUAGCAGUGCUUUCACUGCGCAUUUGUACUUAUUUUAACCCAGAACUUUUCGGGUCUUUCCCUCACCAUGCCUUCUCCCUUAUCACCUGCCUGCCUCCUUCUGGCCCACCUCACCCAAGUUAUUCCUGUUGCACAGCUUACUUUAUUUAAAACUUUUAGUGUCCCCCACCUCAUGUUUUCUCCUUUCCUGGGCCAGGCUAGAUUACAUAAGUGGGAGCUCUCCCUCUUUAUAAAGCUUGGCCUCCUCUUCAUCUUUCUCUCAAAUGUUGUACCCAAUAUUCUCCUACCUAGUCAAGUCUCCAGGGGGUGUCUGGACCUACCUAGUAGUUUAAAACCAGUCCCCAAAGCUGGAGUUUGUAAUCUUUACUCUCUGGCUUCCUGUGACCCUGAGGGCAACACCUUUUCUUCUCUGAAUUCCUCAGUGUGGGUCACAACACUGUAUUCUUAAUUGCUUCAGCUCUUAAAAGAUAUGAAGUGCUGCCUAAAUGGAAGAUAUUUAUAUUUUAUUUAAGAUUAGAUUUUUGUUUUUAGACUUUGUCUCUAGAUCUGGGGUUAUAAUGAGUUGCUUCUUCCUUAGUAACCUUUCACUCAGCGUCUCCUGCGGAAAAUGAACUUGCCCCAGGAACUGUCUGCUUAGGUCCUCCGCAGUCUUGGCUGAGUGCCCUGAAGGUUUUAAUCAGAAUCAUCUAAGUGCGUACCUCUGUGGGGAGGCACGGAUUUUACCUCGCAUUGAUCAGCCUGAUUUCAUACUGAAGAGAUAUCGAAGUUCUCAGGAAAUAUUUGCUGCGCCAGGCCUAGGGGAAGGAUUUCCUAGUGGGCUGUGCUUCUGCCAAGGGAGACCUAUAAAAUGGUUGCUUUGUACAUUCAGGCCAUCUUCCACCCUCGGCCCCCAACAAGCAGAAGGAGUGGCAGCAUUCGGUUGCCAUCCUGCUGGGAAGGCACCCACUUCAUUGCCAGGGAUGAGAAACUGAGGUCAGUGUGCACAGAGUUUAAGUUCAUAGACUUGACACAGCUGGUCUGACACUACGUGCGGUGCUCGGCUGUUUACAAUCACUGGGGGCUGGGGCAGAGCCAGUGCCCGCCCCACGCUGCCUCCAGGACCUGGACUUCGAAAGGGACCACUGAACACUAAUCGUGACCCCUGUUCUUUCCCCAGGGUGCCUCCCUGAGUAUCACAAGCAGUCUCAGUUUUGGCUCAUCUCUAGCUCAGCCUUCAGAUUCGGGAGCAAACUUGAGAGAAGGCAAAGAAAGAUACAUUGCCUGGCUUUGAGUUGCCUCUUCUUCCCUCUUGGCAUGAGAGGAGUAUUUCAGAAGGGCACUUAUUACCUCCCAUUGCGUCAGCUGUGCGGGUGUGCAUGCAUGUGUUUGUAUGGGUGUAACCCGGCGGAUUUCUUGUCUCCUCCACUCCUGUCAUCAGGCUCUUGCUCACCUGGAGAUACGGUUUGCCCUGAACGUUGGUUACAGGAGAGCAGCAAACAUUUAUCAGGGGUUUUGUUUUUGUGUUUCACCAAAGCUGGUAAGGGCUGUGACCUACCCUCAUGGCCCCAGCUUUUUUUCUUUCUCGUCCAUUCCAAAGCCAGUGGAGCCAAUCUGGAGGGGAAGGGACAGGAAAAGUGGACUCUCUCAUUGCAGUGGCUUCUAACCUACCUGAUAAUAGUUCAUCAACUUAGGAAGAUGUCACCAUCAUUGACUUGUCCUCCCUUAGGAGAAUGACACUUUUCAACCACCCCUUCUGCUCCUUUGUGGUCUCUAACAGGUGCCUAUGUGACCAAAGUUCUAGCUGGGAUUAGCAGAGGCCCUGCACUCUGGAGUCUCAGGCUUAGACGUUACCAAAGCGGGCCCGGAAACUGUUAGCAAGCUUGGGCUCUGGCAGCCCAGCUGUUACCUAGCUGUCCUCUCACGGCAGUACUGAGAGUUGUUUUCAAUAAGGUACAUGCCAAUGGAAGGGGGCCGGGUGUGUGUCCUGCCACAGCCUCCUCGUUGGAGGCAUCUGUGCACUCAGAACUGCUAGAGGCAGUCCUGUCCAGGUGACUUCUGAGAUUGGGACUGUGAUGUUGACCUGAGGACUGGAUGGCAGACUACUGAGGUCCUCAGUCCCCCUUAGCAAAAUGCAGGCUAUUGCUUCAAGGUCCCUGGCCCCAAGAAUGUGGUGUGUAGAAGCUGGCUCUGGCUCUGGGGUUUCUGGAAGCUAAUUCGGCAUGGCUUCUGCCCAUUUGAUCUCUUUCCUGUGCUGCAUUGACAGCUGAUUGUGUGGCUACCUUAGAAGACCAGGCAAGGUGGAUCCAGCUAGAGGACCUUCCUUGCUGUGCAGUUGUACAACUCUUAGGUGUCUAGUACAGGGUCAGCCAGGAGAAGUUGGCAGUGAGGGGAUGUCCUUCCUCUUCUGCAAGUAGACCUUGGUGUUAUCAGCACCAUGCUCUAUCAAGUGUACUAACCAGCCAGCCCCCAAAUUUGCAGUUUUAUCAGUAGUCUUAAAGUGUUGGUCCCAAAAAGUACAUUAGAAAGCUCGUUUUCCCCCUCCCUAUUCUCUUGUCUUAAUUUUUCUUCUCAAAUUUCUCCUUUCCUAGAAUAUCAUCUCUGUUUAACACUACAUGUUCACCUCAUGAUUUUGGAAGUGCAAAAUCUCAAUUUAUUCAUGUUUACAGCUCUCACUUCCUGCUCCCAGCAAGGGGGUCUGUGUUAGUGGGUUUUAGUCCAGUUGAUCAGAUGUUGAAGCAGGUCUCGCAUCGGCCCCUGGUGGGAGUACAAUACUGUUUCCUCGAAGAGGAGACACAGAGCACAAGUGGCAGGACUUGGAGAUGAGGAGGUCAGUUUCAAGUCUGCUUUAGAACUUAACUUUCCAAACUACAGAUAUCCAAGACCUCUAGGGGAAAGGGUGCGGCUUGUCUUUGAAAUCACGGUCAGUAUCUUCAGACAAUUAGUGCUGCUGUGACCGCAUCAGCCCAAUAGAUUUCUUCCCUUUCCUGUGUACCACUGAGUCAUUCCCUGGCCAGAGGACAUAAACAGUGCUGAGGUUGUCAGGGUAAGGGAGGUGGAAAAUGAGGGUGGAGGGUGCCUGCUGUUCAUUGUAUUCGUUGGCUUAAACCAAGGUGAUGCUGGGGAACCUAUUUUGUUUUAGUGAACAAUAAAAUCAGGAGCUUCGAUUGUAAAGCAUGUCCAUGGACGUGAAUGAGAGGAAUAAGUGUCUUACAGCAGGCACUAAUAACCACGCAGUACUGUGUAUGUUAUGUGCCUGCAUGUGUGUACAUUUCCAGCAUGAUGGAGAGAUGUGGAUUGUUCCAGAGCUUGUAGAAGAUUUGUUUUGGGUUCUGCACGUAGAUCAUGUGUUAAAAUUUUUCUUUUCAGUAAAUGAAUUUUAUUUUUUAUUUAUGA